AUGGGAUCAAAGAGAGAUUUCGCAGUGAAUGUUUUGUCUCAAUGGUUGAAGAAGAAAUCAAUGAAAGUGAAGAUCUCUUUAGGGAUUUUGCUUGCUUUAUGUGUUUUGGUGGUUCUAAAUUUUACUAUCAGAGAUCCAAGAUAUUUCUUUAGAGCCUCUGCAACAAUCCAUAUUGUUGGCCUUAUUGCUCUCAUAUACAAACUCUUUGCUCACAAAUCAUGUUCUGGUUUAUCACUUAAGAGUCAAGAGCUCACAGCUGUAUUUCUAAUAACAAGAGUUGGUUGUAGUGCCUACUUGCAUGCUAACGUACACACUGUGUUGGACAUGAUACUUCUCUUGUUGACAGUGUUGGUUAUUUGGUUGAUACGAUUCAAGCUGAAGUCUUCCUAUAUCAAGGAGAUUGACAACAUGUGGUUAUCUUUUUUGGUAAAUAUAUUUACAUCUUUUCUUUCUGUAUAA